GUCCUACCGACAUUUCUGUCCAUAGGAAUGACGUCGGCGAACGGUUAAUCAGCUGAUUCUGUGCGAUCAAAUUAACCAAAAUAACACGAUUUUAUCAGUCCAAAAGGGAGUAGCAUCUACAAAAAACUGAGGAUAUUUUAGUAGGGCAUUGUUGACAUGCUUCAUUGGGUCCCUCAACAUGGACAAGAUUUUGGAGGGCCUCGUGAGCUCUGAUCACUCUGUUCCAGUGAAGAGAGCCAUUGUGAAGAAGGUAGUGGAAGCGGCAGAGAAAGAGGUGACUGAGGAGCAGUGUCAGUCCCUGUUCAUUCUAACCACCCGCCUCAUCCUGCUUGGUGAGGAUGCCUUUCAAAGGCAGAUCGGCCUCCAGGUUUUGGAGGCAUACGCACGCUACCACCGCCCAGAAUUUGAGCGUUUCUUCAGUAAAGACUUUGUCCUCAGUCUUCUCCAGCAGGGCUACGGCCACCUGGACCGUAAAGACCCAGCCAUUAUAGACUACAUUCACUGCUGCCUGCGGCUGCUCAUCAGCUGCCCCUCGGUACUGGAGAUCUUCAGUAUGAUUCAGGUGGAAGUUUUAAGGAUGGUGUGUGAACGUCCAGAACCUGCCCUCUGUGCACGUCUAAACACUUUGCUGUCAGACUUUGUGCAGUGCAUUCCGAGAGAUAAGUCAGGAGUUUUGUUCUGCCAGCAGCUUGUGAGGACAAUCAGUUACUUCCACUGCUUUGCCAGCCAGGAGCGGGAGCUGAGAGAGUAUGUAGGUCAGGUGACUAAGGUCAGCACACUGCUGCAGAAUAUCUGGAAGGCUGACCCAGCCACACUGCUUCCAUCACUGCAGGAAGUCUUUGCCAUUAUCUCUUCUACAGACCCCUCCUUUGAUCCAUCCAUCGCUCUGGCAAGCCUGGUCCAGCACAUCCCAGUCCAGAUGAUCACAGUGCUCAUCAAGAGUCUCACCACGGACCAGAAUGUGAAAGACGCAAGCAUGACUAAAGCACUCUGCAGGAUGAUUGAUUGGCUGUCUUGGCCUCUGGCCCAACAUGUGGAUACCUGGGUCAUUGCUCUUCUGAAAGGACUUGCUGCAGUUCAGAAGUUCACCAUCCUCAUAGACGUUACUCUGCUCAAAAUCGAGCUGGUAUUCAGUCGUCUGUGGUACCCCAUCGUACGACAGGGGGCGCUCACCGUGCUCUCCCAUAUGCUGCUCAGUUUCCAGCAUUCUCCCGAGGCCUUCCAUUUGGUUGUUCCACAUGUGGUGCACCUGGUCCAGUCUUUGAGGACAGAUGGUCUCCCCACCAGUAAAGCUUUCUUGCUGCAGUUUACUGAGCUAAUACACUGCAUGAUGUACCAGUACUCCGGCUUCCCUGACCUCUAUGACCACAUCAUUGAGGCCAUCAAGGAUCUCCCAAAACCAGGAGAGGAAAAAAUCAAGUUGGUGUUGAAUCAAAGUGCCUGGACCUCCCAGUCCAAUUCAUUUGCAUCAGGUCUCCUGAGGCAAGUUGGGAAGUCUGAGACUGGCAAGACUGGCCUGGUUAACCUGGGGAACACCUGCUACAUGAACAGCAUCAUCCAAACCCUCUUCAUGGCCACAGAUUUCAGGCGGCAUGUUUUAUCAUUACAUCUGAAUGGUUCCCACACAUUGAUGAAAAAGCUCCAGCUGCUCUUUGCUUUCCUUGCUCACACUCAGAGGGCAGCAUAUGCACCCAGAAACUUCUUAGAAGCAUCUCGGCCUCCCUGGUUCAAUGCAGGCUCCCAGCAGGACUGUUCUGAGUACCUCCGAUUUAUCCUAGACAGGUUACACGAAGAGGAGAAAACACUUCAGGUCCUGGAAUCAGCUAAGCCAAAGGUUGCCUCCCCUGUGGACACAAGCAGCAAAGACCCAGAAGCUCAGACUUCUCCAGAGGACACUGAAGAAUCAGCUUCAUCUCCAGCAGAAACUGAACCUGUGGAUGAUGGGAGGACUUUGAUAGAAAGGAUGUUUGGCGGGAAUCUGAUCACAGGGAUUCGCUGUAUGCAGUGUAACAUUAUCUCUGAGAAACAGGAACGUUUUACAGACCUCUCUUUGGCCUUCUGUCCAUCUGCCACGUCUCAGGACAGCCCUCAAGCUGCAGGGCCUUCAGAGGAGCCUAAAGUUCUCUGUCAGGGAUCUGUCAAUGGUGGCAGUGAAACUCCAGAGCCAGGUUCGGCUAAAAACCCCACUAGCAAUGUGCAAUUUGUGCCAGUGACAAAUGGGCCCCCUCUCUCUGUGCCUGACCUGGUGAACUAUUUCCUCGCUCCAGAGAUCCUGGAUGAAGAGAAUGCGUAUUUCUGUGAGAAGUGCAGCUCCCUGCAGCGGGCCGAGAGGACCAUGAAACUAGUGUCGGCACCUGAAUACUUAAUCCUCACCCUGCUGCGAUUCUCAUAUGAUGCCAAAUGCCAUGUCCGCAGGAAGAUUCUGGAAAAUGUUACCAUCCCACCCCUCAUGAGACUUCCUGUGCACUCUCCUUCGAUGCAUACACAAUAUUCCUCUUCUACCUCCUCCCCUCUGCAAGUGGACUCCCCUGAGAGCAGCGAGAAUCUUGCCAAGAAGCUCAAACCAUCUCAGAAAGAGGAGGAAGAAGAGGAGAAGCAGAGGAUAGAUGGAGAAGAGCUUUUAAACAGAGGGGGAGAGAUGUCAGUCCAGUCCGUGCCCUAUGUGCUCAGCUCAGUGGUGAUGCAUUCUGGCAUUUCGUCUGAGAGCGGCCACUACUACUCCUACGGUCGUAACAUUAACGGAGCAGAUGGAACCCAGCAUCCAGCCAAUCACUUUGCCCUAAAGGAGGACUUGGGAAACGGCCAGGCUGAGUGUAGCCUCCCCACAUGCUCUGCUCUCUCGAUUUCACCUGAACGAGGAGACGCACCUUCUAACAGUGGCCAGGAGGCAAGGGAUUGGCUGCUUUUCAACGACAGCCGAGUGACAUUCUCGUCCUUCCAAUCGGUGCAAAACAUUACUAAUCGUUUCCCCAAGGACACAGCAUAUGUGCUUAUGUACAGAAAACAGGAGUUACCAGGGCAGAGAAUAAAUGGAGGACUGAUGGCAAAUGGAAAAAAAGUGAGUGCUGAGCCUCCGCUGCAAAAAGAACUCCUGGAUGCUAUCAUCAAGGACAACAAGCUGUAUUUACAGGAGCAGGAGCUCAAUGCUCGGACCCAGGCUCUCCAGGCCCCUUCAACCUCCUGCUCAUUCAGGCCCAACGGUUCAGAUGACAAUAACCCACCAGGGAGCUGUGGCCCAUCUGGGGGAGGAGGAGGAGGAGGGGGAGGGGGCUUCAAUACUAUUAGCAGACUGGUCUUCUAGAGGGGAUAAAAAAAAAAUGAGCAGGAAACACAGAUGAACUGACAUAAAGGGGCACUGAACUGAUCAUACAGGAGCCUGAACUUCCAUGAAGCAGAUAUGUAAUAACCUCAUAAAAAAGAGCACUGAAAAACAACAAACACACACACACACACACACACACAGAACUGCUACUUCUGAUUCCCGAUUUUGUUAGGUUUUAAUUUUAUACUAUUGUUUCAGUUAUAUAUAUAAUUUAUUUUGAUAAAUUGACUUAAAUUCUAAUAUCAAAUUUACCCAAAAAUUUGAGGUAGAUGAUAGUGAUUGGAACAAAAUUUAUGACAUUGGGCUCAAUAUGAUUUUAUGUUAAUGAAAAGACUUCAAUCUUUACUUAAAUUAAUUGAAUGUGGUAAUCAGUUUCAGUUAAUAACAUGUUGAUAUUAACUGGUUUUCAGUGUUUACAUUACCUCAAACACGCACACACACACCAAACAUAAACAUAUGCAAAAACAUGCAUGUGCAGUGCACAGUACAGACAAAAAAAGCAUUCAACUGUAAGAUAAAGAGACUGUUUUGGAUGUGUCAUAGUUCUGAACACACAGCUCAACCUUUGUUUACUUUUCUGAUUUGCAUGUGGCUUUUCUUCACGAGCUGUAGAGUUUGAUUUUCAAGAUAUUUCAAUCUUUUUUGAUGUGUGCUUUGGUGUUUUAUAGGUUUCUUAUUUCAUGCAAUAAAUUUACAUAUGACUAAAAAUAUCA